AUGGUUUGUGUGAAUUUUUUUCACGACUACUAUUCGUUUGUUUUUUGUAGAUUCCCAAGCGGUAUCCUUUUCGAUGGCGGUCGUAUAAUUUAUUCGGACAAACCGUUACCCGGUCUCGAUUCCGAUGUCAAACAAGAUGAGGCCGAAUUUGAUGAUCCUAUAUCUUUGGAAAAGCGUAAAGUAAAAUACGUAGUAAAGCACACUGGAACGCGCAACACGGCGGAUAUCGUCAAUUUUAUGGAAGGGUCAAAUGGCAAUUCGAUCUGUACCAUACAAGAUUGUUUGCGCGUUCUCGAUUGUGCGUCCAAGUUGGCUUGCAAUGGACCGUUCAUUAGUCUGGGUCGUAUGGCCAUAUUCGACAAAAGUGCCGUCAAAACCAUAGCUAACAAACUGCUGAGCAUACAUCGCGGCUUCGUGCUGACUCUACGGCCUCAAUGGAAACUGCGAAUUAAUAUAGAUAUGACAUUUACAGCCAUGUUCCCAUCAGGUAAUUUGGCGGAUGUUCUGUACGACAAAUAUGGUGACCAAAUGUGUCCCCAACACAGACUGAUUUCUCGGGACAUUGUGGGUUUACGUCUGCUUUCUCCGAAAAUUUAUCGCAAAAAUCCCGGCGGUAUUGACUUUUUCAAGUUGAAAUCAUUAUUUUUCCCCAUUGUAGAUGAACCAUAUGCACGAUUGUUUACGGCGCAUGGUGUCUCCGAGAAGUCUGCUACCCAGAUCAUCAUUCCAGAUACAAAGCAGUCUGUACAACAAUACUUUGAAAGUACUUAUAAAGUACAGUUGAAAUAUCCAUAUUUACCCUGUAUCAAAGUGAAGAAGGAUCGGGAUGUUUUUUACCCCAUGGAGUUGCUGGAAGUUCUCCCAUUUCAGAAGCCCCGAGCUAACCCAGAUUUAGCUGCUGAAAUUAUUCGCUGCGCAGCGGUCCGACCGGGAGAUCGUUUCGGUGAACUAGCCAAAUUUUGUAGAAGCUUGAUCAGUCAACCUGGACUUCAAAGAUAUGGUAUAAAGAUCGAUCCGACAAUGCAAGAAGUGAAUGCCCGAGAGAUCGACCCACCGCGAGCGAAUUUCGGUGGCAGUUUUGAACAGCUGGGCCGCGGCAAAUGGCAAGCUGAGAGAUUUUACCUACCGGCAAAUGCAAAUGGAUCAAUCCGUUUAAUUGUUGUAACUGUUCCACCCUACCGGGUAAGUUCAGGAAGACAAGCAACUGUUUAUUGUUCCUCAUUGGACAUAUUAUUUCAAUAUUCCUGCUAUUCACUUGAUUCAGUCACCACACAUGUGUUGUCCUUGUGGGUCUUGAGUUGA